GGAGCUUGGUUAGUCAAAAGCACUGGCAUAGGAAAACUGAUCACUUGACCGGCCUUCAAUAAUACAAGGCAGACACACUCAAGUCAAACAAGCAUUUUAUAUUUUGGAAGUUUGCAAAUUUCAGGUGGAAACUAUUUGGUUACUUUCAGCAUGGCUGCUGGACCUGUUUCAGAAAGAAAUCAAGAUGCUACCAUUUAUGUUGGUGGGUUAGACGAAAAAGUUACGGAGCCCUUGCUGUGGGAGUUGUUCGUUCAAGGUGGUCCUGUAGUAAAUGUGCAUAUGCCUAAAGAUCGGAUUACUUUACUGCAUCAAGGAUACGGAUUCAUAGAAUUCCUCAGUGAAGAUGAUGCUGACUACGCAUGUAAAAUUAUGAACAUGAUAAAGCUGUAUGGUAAACCCAUUCGGGUAAACAAAGCAUCAGCACACCAGAAAAACUUAGAUGUUGGAGCAAAUAUUUUCAUUGGAAACUUAGAUCCUGAAGUUGAUGAAAAACUUUUGUAUGACACAUUUUCAGCAUUUGGCGUAAUUCUUCAGACACCAAAGAUCAUGAGGGAUCCUACAACAGGGAAUUCAAAAGGCUUUGCAUUCAUCAACUUUGCCAGUUUUGAUGCAUCUGAUGCUGCCAUUGAAGCCAUGAAUGGCCAAUAUUUAUGUAAUAGGCCAAUUACUAUAUCAUAUGCCUUCAAGAAGGAUUCUAAGGGUGAACGCCAUGGAUCAGCAGCAGAAAGGCUUCUGGCAGCACAAAAUCCUCUUGCUCAGACAGAUCGGCCUCAUCAACUUUUUGCCGAUGCCCCUCCUAUUCCUCCGCAAAUGAGCAACAUGGGAAUGUCAGGAUUGCCUCCACCUCCCCCACCUCCGUUGCAAGGACUUACAAUGGCGAUGCCUCCACCUCCUCCUCCACCACCCACCUGGGCUCCUCCACCUCCACCACCUCCAUCUUCGAAUUUUCUUCCGUUAGCUCCGAUUCCGCCGCCCCCGCCUUCCUGGGCGCCGCCGCCGCCACCACCAUCAACUGGAUUUGUUCCAAUUCCACCUCCCGUUUGAUUUCGUUUAUUCAUUUCAUGUAUGUCUGAAAUACAAAAUAAAGUAAUAAACACAUUUCUUUGA